CCUUUUUGUCUUCCUCUGUCUUAAAACUGCCUUCUCAUCCUCUAUACAUGUUUCUUCCUUCUCAACAACGCAUCGUUGCUCUCAUGAGGAGGCUCUUGCUUUGCUGCAAUUCAAGACAUCCUUCUCCAUCAAUUACACUGUUCCGCCAUUUAAUUGCCCUUAAUCUCAGCUGCAGUUUCCUUUAUGGCACCUUUCCUUCCAACAGCACUCUUUUCUUCCUCAGAAACCUGCAGAGCCUCAAUCUUGCCUUGAAUGAUUUUAGGCUUUCCAAGAUUCCAUCAGAAAUCAGUCAGUUUACUGGACUAAAGCAUCUUGAUGUCUCUUUUUCUGGAUUUUCGGGCCAAGUUCCGAGAGAAAUUGCUCACCUCCCCAAGUUAGUUUCUCUCAAUCUCUCUAGUUACUUCUAUGAUGAUUCUCCUGAAUUGAUCCUUGAAACAACUAGUGGAGUGAACAUGACAUCUGUUAAUCCUCGUUUCUUCAUGAAUCUCUCUUCUUCAUUGACUACUCUUGAUCUCUGGGGGAGUGCAUUAAGAGGAAACUUUCCAAACAGUAUUUUCCGCUUUCCGAAUCUCAAGAAUUUUUAUUUAAGUGGAAACCAGAACCUCACUAUUGAUCUUCCAAGCUCCAAUUGGAGCAGUCCUCUCCAACAGUUGUAUUUAGGUGAUAUGGAUUGCGGUAGGCGAUUGCGAGAGUCUGUAGGAGAUCUUAAGUCAUUACAGUAUCUGUAUCUUGGCUGCAACUUGGAAGGUUCCAUUCCAGCUUCCAUAGCGAACUUAUCUCAACUUACUUACCUAAGCCUCUCUUAUAACAAUCUUAGUGGACAAAUCCCACCAUCACUUGCAAACCUCACCCAACUUACCUCUCUUGACCUUUCCUUUAAUCAGUUUUCUGGUCCCAUUCCAGCUUCCAUAGGUAACUUAAGGCAACUUACUAGCCUAUACCUCUCUUCUAACAAUCUCAGCAAACAAAUCCCAUCAUCACUUGCAAACCUCACCCAACUUACCUCUCUUGACCUUUCCAAUAAUCAGUUUUCUGGUCCCAUUCCAGCUUCCAUAGGUAACUUAAGGCAACUCACUAGCCUAUACCUCUCUUCUAACAAUCUCAGCGAACAAAUCCCAUCAUCACUGGCAAACCUCACCCAACUUACCUCUCUUGACCUUUCCAAUAAUCAGUUUUCUGGUCCCAUUCCAGCUUCCAUAGGUAACUUAAGGCAACUCACUUGGCUAUACCUCUAUUCUAACAAUCUUAGUGGACAAAUCCCAUCAUCACUUGCAAACCUCACCCAACUUAUCUAUCUUCACCUUUCCUAUAAUCAGUUUUCUGGUCCCAUUCCAGCUCCCAUAGGGAACUUAUCUCAACUAUCUAUCCUAAGCCUCUCUUCUAACAAUCUUAGCAGACAAAUUCCAUCAUCACUUGCAAACCUCACACAACUUCUCUAUCUCUCUCUUUCUUAUAACUUACUUAAUGGCACGUUGCCACCUUGGAUUUUCACCCUACCUUUGUUAGAGUACUUGAGUCUCAGUCAUAACCAACUUCAAGGUCAAAUAAAUCAAUUCCGGAAAAACUCACUCACACACCUAGAUUUGUCAAACAAUAAAUUUCAGGGCUCAAUUCCUAACUCAAUUGCUAAGUUAGUAAAUCUUAGUUAUCUCAAUUUAUCAUCAAAUCAUUUUAGUGAUUCAGUAGUACCUGACAUGUUCUCGGCACUUCAAAAUCUCGAAAUUCUUGACCUUUCUCAUAACAACUUAAUCAGGAAGAUUCCAAAUUGUCUUCCUAAGUCUCUCUCAGUGUUGAAUUUGCAGGCCAAUUACUUUGAUGGAAAUAUAGCAUUUGGGUUUCCAGAGGGCUGUGGAUUACGAAAUCUCAACUUACAUGGAAAUCAAAUGGAUGGCUUAUUACCAAGGUCUUUGGUGAAUUGUCGCAUGUUAGAGGUUCUAGAUGUUGGCAACAACAACAUAAGUGAUACAUUCCCUCAUUGGUUGGAAUCUCUACCACACCUUCAAGUGCUUGUCUUAAGGUCCAACAAGUUCCACGGUUCUGUGCAGAGCACCAAAGAAAGUCCAUCUUUUCCCAAGUUGCGAGUUCUGGACCUCUCCAGCAAUUAUUUUGUUGGUGCUUUGCCUGUUCGGUACAUUGAAAAUUUUAAUGCGAUGAUGGACCCUCGUAAAGAUGGUGGUUCCCCUGAAUACAUGAUGGUGUCGACGAGAGCCAAUUCUUAUCAAUAUUCACUGGUUGUGACAUGGAAGGGAUUCGACUAUGAGUUGCAGGGAAUCUUGACCGUAUUCAGUAGUAUUCAUCUCUCAAAUAACAUGUUUGAGGGAGAAAUUCCAGAUGUCAUUGGAAAGCUUAGUUCUCUCAAAGGGCUUAAUCUUUCUCAUAACAACCUUACUGGUCAUAUCCCACCGUCACUAGGGAAUUUGAAGAAUCUGGAAUGGUUGGAUCUCUCUUCCAACAAGCUGGCGGGGAAAAUUCCUGAUGAAUUGGUAUAUUUGACACAACUCUCUGUAUUGAAUCUUUCAAAUAAUCAUCUUGUCGGGCGCAUACCACUGGGCAGUCAGUUCAACACCUUUGGAAAUGGUUCUUAUGAAGGAAACCUUGGACUGUGUGGAUUCCCAUUGUCAAAAUCUUGUGAUGGAAUUGGGACACCACCGAGCUCCUUCCAAGAAAAAGAUGAGUUGUGGAGAUUUGGCUGGAGAGUUGUUGUGUUAGGCUAUGGAUGUGGAGUUGUUUUUGGACUGCUGAUGGGAUAUCUUGUCUUCCGAACACGAAAACCAAAAUGGUUUGUGUCUUUGUUUGAUGACCGACCAUGUCAAAGUGGAAGGAAGAUGAGGAAAGCCAGAAGACUUGUUCAAAGAAGAAGCUAGUUGCAGAGUUGAUGAUUUGGAGCUUCUGAUUUAAUGUUUCCUAAAUAAGUGCUUUUCGGGUUUAAAGUUCUUGUUAUGGUUGGCAUUGGCUUGUCUAAAAUUGUCAGCCUUCUCUUGUCUUUAUUAUGCUUUGUAAUUUUAUCUUUCCUUAUUGUAAAAUAUAUUUGAAGGUUUAAG